AUGGAUACCAGCUACCUGGCGCAACAGGUCAACACCAUUAUCGGCCAGCUGCAUGGCUUGUUUGACGAGAUUGGUGUUGCCCACAAUGAUCGCGAGCAUAGAGAAGCCGAGCUCUUUGCAGCUCUCUCUGAGGCACUGCAGAAUCAAGUGCGCCGUGUGACAAACGAGAAGCAGGAGAUGAUCGAGGAGGCACAGAGGAUCAUCACAACAAUCCGGCAAAUGGAGGUGGCUAUGGAUGAUACCAAGAAGGCUCGCCGGUCACUUGAAGACGACGGACUCAAGGUCACAUACCCACUCAUCCAAUGCAUUCAGGGUCUCCAAGAAAAGCACAGCCAGGUCGCCAGGGCUCACAGAGAACGGUACGAGGAGAUCAAGAAAUUGGCGCAAGCACUUGAAUCAUACUCUCUGCACCUGGAACCAGGCUUUGUCCGGCUCGAACUACCACCCACCGGACCCGAUCAGCCAGUUUCUACAACUUUCGAUUUGACCGACUCAUAUGUGCAGAAGCUGGAUGAAGAGUUCACCAGAGUCUUCGAGGAGUACACCCGACGAGUCGCAGCCGUAAAGUCUGUGUCAGAAGAGAUUAUUCAGCUAUGGGCUGAGCUUGGGACAUCGCAAGCGCAAACGGAUGGUGCUAUAGUCAAGUACUACCGGGAUGCGCCAGAACAGCUGGGUCUCCACCAAGUAGACAUCGAACGACUCCGAGCCAAGAAGGACAAGCUGGCCGAUGAGAAGCAGAGCCGGGAAAACCGCCUGACCAACCUCAAGACAACAAUUGGAGAACUCUGGGAAAAGCUUGGGGUCGACGAGAGCGCGCGCAAGGCCUUCCUUAACAGCAACCGUGGCUGCGGCAUGCGACAGAUCAACGAGUUUGAGGAUGAGCUGUCGCGCUUGAACGAGCUCAAGCGCCAGAAUAUGCACAUUUUCAUUGAGGAUGCUCGCGUCAAGCUUCAGGGGCUGUGGGAUGCUCUGUAUUACUCGGAGGAUGAGAUGCUUGAGUUCACCCCAGCCUUCUCCGACGUGUACAGCGACGCUCUUUUGGAGGCACAUGAGCGCGAAAUCACUCGUCUGGAGACCUUGAAAGAGCAGAGAGCUCCAUUGCUGUCGCUCAUUGACAAGUACAAGAGUCUCGUUGCUGACCGUGAGGAAUUGGCGGCCUCUAGCCAGGAUGCCUCGCGCUUGUUGAUGAAGGGACAAAAGGGCGAGAGACGCGAUCCCGGCAAGCUUCUUCGGGAGGAGAAAAUGAGAAAGCGGAUUGCAAAGGAGCUGCCCAAGGUCACAGUGGAUCUCCGCAAGUCUUUGGAGCAGUGGGAAGAGGAAUAUGGCCGGCCGUUCCUGGUCCAGGGAGAACGGUUCCUUGAUGCCAUUGAGGAGGAAGAUCCCAAGGCCGGGCUUGGGACGAGCAGACCCAAGACACCCGGGGUAUCUGCUUCGGCAGUCAAGCCCAGAGAAAGGGCCGCCACAUUAAACCGUGCUAACAGUGCCCAUGCGUUGAGGGGACAACCACCAAAGAGCCCUACCAAGACUCCAAGCGCCAGCACCUCGGCACUCCCGGCGAGGAGCGCCACUGUGAAUGGGAAGACCGGCAGCCCAACCCGUCUCCCAGCGCGAGCGCCCCUUUCAAACCUUACUUUUAUCAACAGCGCUCCGGCUGACCGUAUCACUGGUCGGCCGGAAUCGAGGGUGGAUGGGACCGGAUCGCUCCGGGGCGCUCCAUUGUUGAGAGCCCCGCCACCCAAGAUGCGUUCCCUCCUGCCAGCACCGGACCUCGAGAAGCCCAAUAACCCUUACAACGGUGCUAAUCUUAGGUCGAGCAUCACCCUUGUUCGGGAAGUUGAGGCAGAAGACAUGUACGACGAUCGGGGCUCAUCCAGGUCCUCCACUCGGCCUGGUCAUUCUAACUCGAUCUCGUCGCACACGUCCCGCACUUCACAUUCCUCUUUGACUUCCUACACGGCAUCACAGUCGUCAUUCAAGCAACUGCCACAAGCACCACCUCCGCGCCAUAUUGCCGACCGCGAAUCUGUAGGCUCAGCAGUGUCGGAGUCGGAGAACUGGCAGACGUACGAGGACGGUUCAGAUCUUGAGGAAGAGGCCGGGAAUCUAUACCUGCAUAAGGUGCGGGGGGCUCGCAGUCUGGGAGGAUUCAGACGGUCGACGCCAGAUGAUUCCCGACCUCAGUCACAUGCUAGCCAGCAUAGCCAGUCACAGCACGGGUUUGGGCAGCUUCAGCAGGCGGCGCAAAUACGAGCAAUGAAGCAGAGCGGGCUUCAACCACCGGCACAUGCAGGCCGUGUCGCCUUAGUGGAUGCUGACGGGGAUAGGAUUAUGGGUGGGCAAAGCGAGUGGGCUGAUGAGGAUGGGUAUUCUCAUUACCAUUGA